AUGGCGAGCCUCCACGCUGGUGACUGUCUUACCGGUGAACUAAGCUUGCUGCACGCCGCCGCACCACCGCAGCCGCCACAAGUCUGCCCCGCCGCCCCACCCCGUCGUGGCCAAGAGCAGCCACACGAGGAGCAGGGAACCGCCACCACCAUUGGCCACCACCGCCGGAACGCGGCAGAGCAGCCACCAGCCCACGCCGCCGCAGCCCGCGCCGCCUGCCGGCCCAGAUCUGGCCGGUGCAGCAAGGCUCGCACCACCCUCCAGCAGCCCGCCGCGCCGUCGAGCCCACCGGACGUCGCCGUCGGCAGUUUUGCAAAAAAACACCUGUACUCAUUUGAAUUCCACCCGCUGUCCUCCCGUCGUCUUAUCCAUUUCUCCUGCGACAGCAACGGCGGCUUCGCCCAUUCCGCCGUGUGCCGGCGACGGCCGCCGCCGUGCCUCGCGCGGGAGGACGGAGGGCGCUCACCAGGAGGAUGGGGGACAGCGCGGCUAGGCGGGGUAGUGGUGGUGGCAUGUGCGGCGGAGACGGCGCGGCAAGGCCGGGCAGUGGCGUUGGUUGACCGGCCGUCGUGCCUCGCGCGGGAGGAUGGACGACGCUCGCCGGGGCGUGUGCGGCGGAGACGGCUUCUGCCGCGCGUCGAGGUGGAGCAGCAGAGGACGGGAAGGCAAGGAGGCAAGGUGGGUACGCUGUGCAUCAGGGCCGCCUUCGUCCUCCACCUCCUCCAAAAGCGCGCGCUCGCCGCGGGCGCUGGCGGUGGCGCGGCGGUCCUCGCCCGCGGGUGCGCGGGUGUGCGGAGGCGUCGGGGAUCGAGGGAGCUCUCCUCCCUAGCGGCUGGAGGCGGUCGGGAUCGAGCGAGUGGGCGAGGGGAUCGGGGCCCCUGGUGGCUGCCUGCUUGGCGAUUGCACGAGAUGCUGCUCGGGCGUGGGCUGGCCGACUCGAUCUCCUCGACCCAGGGCCCCGUGCUCGUCAGCGCCUGCCCCAUCGCGCACGACUUCUCUGAUCCAGCGCCAAAUUCCGAGGACCACGCGGAGCUCGACCUGGACGCACUCCACCUAAUGGGAGGGCGGCACCAAGAACGGCAACAGCAGUAUGGGCUUGCUGCCAGCAAGAUUUCAGGAAAUUGGUAGAACACUGAAUCUUUAAUCACAUAAAUUUUUCACUCACGCAACCAAACAAUUUGGACACAGAUUUCAUGCCCUGGAAGACUGUUUUGUGCAGAUGGUGGAAGGAGGCAAUCCAAACUUUGUCAGUGAAGUUCCAGUUGAGGAAAGAACAGAGAGAGGAAAGACAACAAAGGGAAUUUGGUUAAAGCGAAAAACAGUUUCGUGUAAAACUCUCCACCCAGUCUCCCAGCUCAGCUCAGCAGUUGAUUUGAGGACGAUGUUCCGCAGGCAUUUCGGCAAAUGAGGAACCUAACCGACAAAUGGAUUAUUUUUCUGAAUCCUAUUUGUUACAUAUGAGUUGACUGUUGAAACAUGUUUGUUAGGGAUAACUUUGGCAAUAUAUCAUACAAGGAUGGUUGUGGUACUCCGUCAGCAAAGCAACUCUGAUCCCCCCAACUCUCAGGUUUUUUAUUCCUCUACUUAAUGAUGCAUGGGUGUGUACUUGGCUGGUUGGGCUAUGUGGUUAGAUUGAUUUUCUGGAAUCCUUUCAGAUUGUUGGACUAUACAGAGCUAAGAUAGAAAACUUUCAGAUGUUGUCCAGAUUGCAUCCUUCAAUGCUAUGUGUACUUCAAUGCUUGAUGUUUCCUCCCCAGGUAGAAUAUUAGUGUUGAUUCCAGUAUCGCAGAUGUAUUUUACCCAAUUGUUUGUGCCGAUUUGGAGGUGCACAUAGUUUGUUCGGCGAUUUGGCAUGUAAAUCCAGAGAUUAAAUUCGAGUGAUACAUACAAAUUGUUCAAAUUGCGUUGCAAUUUUAUGAAUCUAUCAUAUGUGCUAGAUUAUAUAUCUAUGUCAAGAAGGGAUGCAUGAUGCCCCCAGUUUGUCGUGG